UGCCUGCUGUUUAUUAAAUAAUCUUUUCUAUCGUUACACAAAGAUAAAGUUUUCGCUUAGAGGUGCUUUGAUAACUAAAAGCGCGUAUAGGAUUGUAUCUAUCUUGUAUAUUGAAGUCUAGAAAUAAUUAUUAUCUACAGUGAUCCGGUAAUUUUAAGUCAUGACUAUUGUAUCAGUGUUUACAACUGGAGUGUUAGCUGUUUUCCAUACGGCCGUCGAAGUAAUAUGGCUUAUUAUAAUGCCGGCAGCGAAUUGAAUGCGACUAGUAGAGCCGAUAUCGUAGACGAGGACGAAAUCGUUGAUGAUCUUUCUAUAGUUCCUUUAGAUAAAGAUAGCUUCGCAAUAUGUGAGUUAUGUGGUCGCAUAGGGCGUCGCAGACACUUUUAUCCGCGCAACAACAAGUUCUGUUCCCUGCGAUGCCACGCAAGUAGGACCAGACGGAAGCAUUGUAGCUGGAGAUUUAAACUCAUGGAGGGUGCCGAGCACAUGGCGGGGCUCAUCCCCCUGGAGCCUCUGCCCCAGCUACAGCAGUGGCAUGCUACACUUAAUGACAUCCAGGCUGGUCCUAUAAAGCAGCCAGCAGCACAAGUUGCCAACAGCUACGAAUGGAAAGAUGAGCUUUUUGGCUGUGACUUCCUCGCAGCGCCAGUCAGUCUAUUCAAACAUGCUCCCCUGCAUGAAAUGUGGGAUAACACCUUCGAAGGAAUGAAAGUGGAAGUCAAAAACACAGAUUGUGAUAGUUAUUCAGAAAAAAUUAAUGACUUUUUCUGGGUUGCUACUGUAUUAAAAGUCAAAGGGUACAUGGGACUCCUGCGUUAUGAAGGAUUUGGAAGUGAUGAUUCAAAAGACUUUUGGGUGAACCUAUGUUGUUCAGAAGUUCAUCCCGUUGGAUGGUGUGCGACUCGGGGUAAGCCACUAAUACCUCCAAGAAGCAUAGAAGAUAAAUACACUGAUUGGAAGAAAUUCCUGGUAAAGCAGUUAACAGGUGCCCGUACAUUACCAGCUAACUUCUACACCAAACUAAAUGACAGUCUUAAGUCGCGGUUCAGUAUUGGCUCCAUAAUGGAAGUUGUGGACAAAAAUAGGAUAUCACAAGUUAAGGUUGCCAGUGUAGUUGAAAUUAUAGGUAAAAGGUUACACGUGAAAUACUACGACAGUUCUCCAGAAGACAAUGGUUUUUGGUGUCAUGAGGACUCUCCACUCAUCCAUCCAGUCGGUUGGGCCUUCAGAGUCGGCCAUCCGCUGGACGCCCCUCAGAGUUACUGUCAGAGAGUCGCUACAGGGCGAUUUUUGCCAAAUGAUAUGACUGCAGAUAUGUUUUACAAGUACCCUACAAAUGAGCCUCCGCUGUUUGUGGAAGGGAUGAAACUUGAAGCUAUUGAUCCUUUGAAUCUGUCAGCUGUAUGUGCUGCUACGGUUAUGCAAAUUUUGAAUGAAGGAUACAUGAUGAUCCGAAUAGACUGCUACCCAGCUGAUGCGUCAGGUGCGGACUGGUUUUGCUAUCAUCAACGAUCACCCUGCAUAUUCCCUGUGGGAUUUGCUCUAGCAAACAAUAUACCACUGGUGCCGCCCGCUGGUUACACGGCAGAAGAGUUUAGCUGGGAGGAAUACCUCUGCGCGUGCGGCGGUCGAGCUGCGACGCGCGCUCUGUUCACCGCUCGCGGCCACCUCGUGUCGCACGGCUUCGUGUGCGGCAUGCGGCUCGAGUGCGCCGACCUCAUGGACCCGCGGCUCGUGUGCGUGGCCACCGUGGCGCGCGUCGUCGCCGACCUGCUCAAGGUCCACUUCGACGGGUGGGGCUCGGAGUACGACCAGUGGCUGUGGGCGCACAGCACGGACAUGUACCCGGUGGGCUGGUGCCGCGCCGUGGCGCACCGGCUGGAGGGCCCCGUGCAGCCGCCGCCGCGCCAGGCGCGCAAGCCGCCGCCCAGGAACCCCCGCCGCCGCCGCCGGCACCACCCACCGAAAACCCAGCCACAACCGCCAAUUAUAACCGAAGACAGCUCCCAAAAUUCCGACAUGGGCGACGCAAAAAGCUUGUCACCCCCCACUAGCGUGUCCGAGAUCUCCGCCGACGUGGAGUCGAGACACGACGACACGGAAUCGAGACCCGACGACAUGGACUCGAGGCCAGAUGAGACUGAGGCGAGACCUGAUGAGGAAUCGAAACCUGACGAGGAAUCGAGACCUGAUGAGGAAUCGAGACCUGAUGAGGAAUCCAGACCUGACGAUAUGGAGUCGAGGCCGGACUCGGAGGCUAGAGCGGACGAGGGCGAGUCGAGACCUGACGAUAAGAUGGACGUGGAAGAGGCGCCUACCGAGACCUCGCAUGAGCGGUUGAGCGAUGAGACGAAUCAAGAGUCUAUGAGCAUACCCACGGACGCGUCGCAGGACUCCAGCGCCAGCGUGCAGUUGGGCCCCGUGUCGCCCGACACGUCCAGCCAGUCCGCCUGCGACAAGCUGAUCCCGCGGCUCGUGGACGCGGCCGUGCCGCGCGACCAGCUGUCCUCCGUGGACCCGGAGAAGUGGACGCCGGCCGACGUGGCCCGCUUCCUCGCCGUCAACGACUGCCAGCCCUACACCGACAACUUCACCAACGUCACCGGCCCCGUGCUCCUCCAGCUCUCCAAAGACGAGAUCAUAGAACUCCUCGAGAUGAAGGUCGGCCCCUCCCUAAAAAUAUUCGACCUCAUCCAGCAGCUCAAAUGCAAAAUUAAACAACCUCAGUGUAGACUAAACUUCAAGUGAGGCGCGGCUUCGAACCGAGGAUUCGGAGGUGACGGAAAACUGUGGCCUUUAAUGCACUCGCGGGAUGCACUUCAAAUAAUCGUGUCUUUACAAGUGUGUCGUGAAAUGGGACCCUAUUUGACGCGUUAUAACGACAGCAGACUGUCAUAUUAUGUCACUUCGCCUUCAUAUAACAAAGAAGUCUGAAUAGGGCCCUCGCUUAGUUUUUUAUUGUCAUAGGCAGUUGCAAAAUGGGAUUAUGGCCUGUGAGGUUUGAGACGCCAUAGGCGGGCCUUUACUAUCCCUCCUGUACGGUUUGCCGCUGAACAGUGUAGAUUCUAAUAUGUAAUCAAAUGUGCUGUCGCAAGUUUUAUUGCAUUAUUUAUAGACCGGGCGAUACCGUCAUAUUUAUUGUAGUCUUUACAUGUCAGAGUUAAUAUUCCGGAGGUUAUUACGGCGAAUUUUAACAUUCAUUAUCGAAAUGAAUGAUAAGCUUUAAGCAGCAGUAAAUUUGCCAGUACCGGCCGCUUUACUUUUAUACUUGUAAACCAUAUUUAUUUUAAACAUAAAUCGGUUAUUUUAACUUUUACCUAUUUGAUACGUGUAAUGAAAAGGGGAUAGCAAUGUUUUUUUGUUAGUUAGCUGAGAUCCGGUCGCCAGUUAACACGCUGACGUCCUUGCUCAUAAGUAUUCUACUAGAAUUUUAUGGUAAACUACCAUUUGUUAGCGCCCGAAAUAUUGUUAACACAAAGUUUUUACAAUUGCCUUGAGAUAUGGUUGGUUGGUGCCCGUGGCGCCCAAACAAGUAGGUUUACCUUUCAUAGACUAGUUAGACCCUUUAUAAGGCAUAACGGUUCAGGAAUUAUGCAAAAUUGAACCCUAUCGCUUUAAAAUAAAGUUCAAAAUCAGAUGGGAAAUAUAUCCCCUCUGCCUUACAAAGGGUUAACGGUGAACGGGAAAAAUUACAUUUCGGCAUUCAGAAUCAUGGUAAAAAAUCAGAAUUACAUCCCCUUAUACGGAUAUUUACAGUCAUCUCUUUAGUUCAUUAAUAUGCAUGUCUAAUUAGUUACUUAAUCAAAUAUAUACAUUAUUAAUAGUGUAUUUAAAUAUGUGAUAAAUCCCAUUUUGCUUAGAAGCAAUAAUAGUUACGGUGCUUAGUGUUAUUCUUAUUAGCUUUGCUAUUUUAGGGGUAGAGGCUUACCUCCUAGGGUAAGUGGGCUGUUUUAGGUGGUGUCUUUAUUUGAACGUAUCUCAGUAAUUGUGUACUAUAGUAAUAUUUUUGUAUGUAGAUUAUGUUUGCCAUAUCAAAAUACUGCCAAUCUACGCAAGGGAUGUUGUAUUAUAUUUUGUGUGUGUCGAAAAUCAUUUAAAGCUGCAUGUCAGAUCUAAAUGCAUACUACAAAAAUAUUUACACAAUAUUACAGUGAAUUAUAUGUACAAGAAUAUUAAAUUGGAAUCACCCCAGUGCCACAGGAGUUUGUCUUGUAUUGAGCAAUAAUUAACUGAUACUGAGCAAUAGUAACUGAUGAUAAGUAUUCAUUAAACAAAGCUGACAUAUUGAUAAAGUAACGAUAUCUAGGUAAUCUAAUCUAAUUACAGAAAAUCGUAUGAGGUACUUUAACAAAUAUGCGCUUUCAUUUAUACCAAUGACUUUCCAUCGUUUUUACAUAAGACAGUAUAGACAAAUACUGCUCAUAUUCAGUUUUAAUAUAUUCUGCUGUGUAGACCUCUAAGGUCUUAUUUUUUUGCCUUAUCGUAAUAUCAUCUAAGAAGUUAAAUACUCAACUCUUAGCUUCUGGUCGUCUCUUGCCAAAGUUUUGUUUAAAUCGCCGUGAUUACUAAAUGUAAAUAAUUCAUGGAUUUUAUAUGUCGUUUACCAGCAUUAUAUUUUGUGUGACUAAAAAUGGGUUUGAACGAUUUUAAUUAUAAAUAAAAGCAUUUAAUA